UUCCAGAUUUUGGCAUCGAUGUGCUCUCCACCAAUGGCAGCCAGGAGCCUCACGGCCCAGGCCUCCUCAAGGUGUCAGGCCUAGAACGCAGUCAGGAGAGGAGCCAGGAGAGUUGCAGAGACAGCCAGCUGCCUGUACCCAGCACCCCCAAUCCACCUUUGUCCCCCCCAACCCUCCCCGUGUCACUGCCCCAGCCCCAGCCAUCCAUCCCCCAGACCCCGUCCCCUCUUCGAACCCAGCCAAACGGGCCCACUCAGCCUUUAAACCACCUGCCCCCACGCUCAGAGGCUCUUCCCAGGCCUCAGUCACCCGCAGCCCUGCCUCUUGCCCAGGGCCAAGAGCCCUCACCAACCCCCCCUCCCCGGCACCAGCACCAGCCUGAAGUGCUAUCCCACCCGAGGCCUCCACCUACACCUAGCCUUCACCCACACCCACCAUCUCCCGCCCUUCCGAACCACCACUCUCACCAGCAGCACCCCAUCCAGUCAGGGUCUCACCGGCCCCCAUCGCGCUGCCACCCCCGACCCCUUUCUGCCUACAACAGCCUCAGCCUCAACGGCCACAGCAGUAGCAGGAGCAGCACCCCAGGCACCAAGCCCCACGGACCCCCUACGCCCUCCCUGCACCUCCCCCACCACCCACCGCCUCCUCCGGCAGCCGCGGCAGCCUCCACUUUUCCCUUGGCCUUGCCCACUAACCAGAAUAACCCCCACAGCUUCCCGUCUGCCUUGCAGUCGUCUCCACACCCACACCACCCCAAUAUGUUUGCUCCUCCAGCAGCCUUGCCUCCACCGCCACCAUUGACGUCUAGCACCCUGCCAGUACCCGGACAUCCUGCUGCUGGGAGUGCCUACUCAGAGCAAGACCUUCUGCGCCAAGAGCUCAACACCCGUUUCCUGGCGUCCCAGAGCGCCGACCGCGGUGCCUCGCUUGGCCCCCCGCCCUACCUGCGCACUGAGUUCCACCAGCAUCAGCACCAGCAUCAGCACCAACACACCCACCAGCACACCCACCAGCACACCUUCACGCCCUUCCCACACGCCAUCAUGCCCACCCCAGCACCGCCCAUGGUGCGUACCCCUGCCAGAAAUUUUGACAAAUAUCCAACAAAAGUCGACCCCUUCUACAGACACAGUCUCUUCCACUCCUACCCUCCAGCCAUGUCUGGCCUUCCCCCUGUCAUCCCCCCAACCGGGCCCUUCAGCUCGCUGCAGGGGGCCUUUCAGCCCAAGACCUCUAAUCCACUGGAUGUUUCCGCAAGACCCGGAGCCGUCCCACACACGUUCUUACAGAAGGACCCCAGGCUAACGGAUCCGUUUCGGCCGAUUCUCAGGAAACCGGGGAAGUGGUGUGCCAUGCAUGUCCAUAUUGCCUGGCAGAUAUACCACCACCAACAGAAAGUAAAGCAGCAGAUGCAGGUCGACCCUCACAAGCUAGACUUCGGCCUCAAGCCCGAGUUUCUGAGUCGACCCCCGGGCCCCAGCCUCUUUGGUGCUAUCCACCACCCCGGCGACUUGGCGCGGCCCGCCACGCUUUUCUCCGCUGCAGGUCCUACGCACCCAUCUGCAGCUCCCUUUGGCCAUCCACCGCACCAUCCUGGAAACUUUCUUCCUCCAGCAUCUCAUUUAGAGCCUUUCAGUAGGCCUCCAUCGUUUGGAGGACUGGGAUCUCUCAGCUCGUCGGCCUUCGGGGGAUUGGGCAAUCCAGCACUAAAAUCCCUAACAGGGGCCAACUCGGUGUUUGGCCACAAAGAUGGCCCAAACGCGCCACAGCACUUCAACAGCAGCAGUAACAACAGCCACCAGGAGCCGUGGAACCGCCUGCAUCGCACGCCACCUUCGUUCCCCACGCCGCCACCCUGGCUGAAACCCGGAGAGUCUGAGAGGAGCGCGUCGGUGAGCUCACACGAGAGGGACCGAGACUCUGACAAACGGGACUCGUUGGUCAGUAAAGAGGACAAGGACAGGGACUCUGUUGAAAAGCGUCAUCCCAGCCAUCCGUCCCCGGUCCCCGUCAAUCCAAUCAGCCUUCUUAGCCACAGCCGACCUCCUGAGCACCACAGGAACCACCUGCCACCUGCUUCUGGAGAGCCUCAGAGGGAGAAGGAGAACAAGGCCAAAGAGAGGGAAAGGGAGCACUCGGAUUCAUGGAAAGACAACGGCACAGACGACCACAAGCUCAAGGACAGCCAGCACAGUGACAAGGACACGCCUGUCAUCCAUGACGGCCGAGCGUCGGAGGACAAAAUGUCAAACAGAGGAUCGGCGUCACCCUAUGUCCGGCAGACCAGCUUGGAACGUCCCAACGGUGGCCUGACGAGGGAUGUCCUGGAGAAGAAGGCGGAGCUGCCAUACGAGCACCAGAAGAAGAGCAGUGAGGUGAAAGUAAAGGAGGAGAGGAAGGAGGAGCAGGAUGGAGGCGCAGAGAGGGCCAGUGAGCACCUGCAACAGGCGUCCUCCACCCCUAAUCUCCACCCUCCCUCCUCAGUGCCUGUGUCCAUGGGCAUGCCCGUUGUCCACCCCAUCAACAGCAUCAGCAGCCUAGAGAGAACUCGAGUCGUGGCGCCCUUUAUGGGUAUCAGUCCCAUCCCAGGAGCUGACAGAUUCCCCUACCCUCCCUUCCACUGGGACCCAAUGAGAGACCCCUACAGGGGCCUGGACAUUCACAGGCGAGACCCUUUGGCCAGGGACCUGCUGCUGAGGAACGAUCCUCUGCACCGGUUGGCAGGGCCGCGCCUGUACGAGGCAGAGCGCUCCUACAGGGACCGCGAGCCUCACGACUUUAAUCGCGACCACGCCCACCCCCUGGCCCUGGAGCAGAGGAGGGAACAGGAGCGCGCCCAACUGGAGGAGCGCGAUCGCCUCAACAUGCUCCGAGAGGACUACGAGCACGGGCGCCUCCACCCCGCGGUGCACCAUCCCGCCCUCGACGGACACCUCCCCCACCCUGCCCCGGGUCUCAUGGCCCCCGGACUCGCUGGCAUGCACUACUCCAGGGUGAGUCCCUCAGCCGCAGCGGCAGCAGCCGCCGCCGCCGCAGCCGCAGCCACCGCCCAUCAGAAUGGUAUUCUGAACAAAACGCCACCCACCGCGUCUCUGAGUGCACCGCCCCCACUCAUUCCCACACUGGGCACCCGGCCCGGCUCGCCCAGACGGACUACUCCCCUGGGCACAGAUAUCAGAGACAGACCGGCUCACAAAGACAUCGAGGCGCGGUGAGGCAAGCAGACGCGGUGGCCCUGCAGCCCUGUGCCUCACCAACACUGAACUCACAACCAAGCACUUAGCUUUGGCAAAGCAAGACUGUAACAUAGCUGUGAAUAAUUUAUGUGGGCACACAGAUGCCCAUGCAAUGAAUCGUUUUUGUAUAAAACUACAAAGAGACAAUAAUCAUGGAACAAAAAAAGCUUUUUUUCAGAGAUUUUGUUUUCCCGUUUUGCUCCAGCUUUCCGUGUGCAUUCUUUCUCUUGUAUAGAAAAGUGAUGUGGAGUCAGAAUGAGCAACUUUGGAUUGUACAGGUACUUUAGCACUGAGUGUGUAGAUAAUGUGUACAGUCACUGUGCUCGCCCUGUACGGAUUCAAAUUCAUGGUACAAAUAUGCAAAAGAGUGUUUCGAAAGCUUUACUUUGACAGAUGUAAAUACAGGAGUAUGAUUCAGAACGUGCUUUUUGCAAUUUCUUUAUCGUUUGGUUGACGCAGGUGAUUCGCAUUGUACCAGAUCCCCAGAUUCAACUAUGCAACAAAUGUCUCGGUUCCCUUUCUGAAAGCUGGCCUUCAACACUACUGACUGCGUGCCACUGUGUACCAUUCAAGGACUGUAUUCUCUCCACAACGCAGACUUGACAUUAACUUUGCGUCCGUGCUGACAGAUGCAGCUUUAACUGAUCCGCACAGGGUUUCAGAUUUAACAAAAACAAAAUGAUUUUUGUCUUAUAAUAAUCUGUGGUGACAAUCCCAUUGAACUGAAUAUUAAAUUGUGAUGUAAAAAGCCAGCAGCACAAAUGUGUGGAUGGAUUUUUUUGUUGUCCUCUUGGUUAACACCAGUCUUGUUCUGGGGAGAAUGCAGCGCAUUAAACACCAUGACGGCACAUUAGCCCUAGCGGAGGAGUGUAAAGUACAUGUUUCUGUUGGUCAAACAGUGUAUUAAAGUGCUUUCCUAAGUUGUUGUACCUACAAAAUCAAAAUACAAAAAAAGCAAGUCUCAACCAUGGACGGUUUGUUUCUAACAAGCAGAGAUCUAUUUUAGUAGUCCACUGAAGGUUUAGUUGUGCGCUUCAAACUCUGUGAUAUCAUGUCGUGCAGUGUUUUUUAAUCCAACAUGAAAUUGUCCACCCGAGCCAUAGUGGUUAGUCGAUACGUAUCGCAAAAAGAUUGUUCAACGAGAAACCUUUUGCUGUUUACCGUGUACAGGGGAAAAAACGAAGUCUUUCUAGAUCGUGUACAAUGAGAAAAAAUGAAGCGACUGAAUCUUCAGCAUGCUCCUCAUUUAAACUUGUGUUAUGUAAAUUGUGCCAUGUUAUUAAAAAAUGUGUACUAA